AAAAGAAAGAAGGUUCGUCGUCUUGCUGACAGAAAGUUUGUGUUUGACUGGGACACAGGGGAAGACACUGCAGUCGACUACAAUCCACUGUAAGUAAUCACAUGACUGUACCAAGCUUUUUGGUGCAAUCACCAUUGACACGUUUAGUUGAAACAACCUUUUUUAUUGAUUUUUUUGGCGCAGUAGUUUUUAUUUAUUUUAAUUAGUAUUAUUGAGACACACAUAACAAACUGGUUUUACGCUGUUUGUGAAAAAUACAAAUCAUUGUAAAUUAUUGAAUGUAGAUUUACCAUAGCUGACUUGACUGUAUUGCUGUAUUGUACCAAUAAUUAUCACGACGGCUCUUGAUUCAAAAGCUUCAAAACAACACAGGCUCUUGUCACAGUCCGGAGGUACUUACCUAAGGGUGGUGCUGUUAAAAUUUUGGCUGUUUUAAUAAUACAACUCUUGUUUGGACUAAGAUUUCAAUGUUGCCAGGUAUAUGCAAUUUGAAUUAGGAGGUUGGGAGCUGGAAGUUCUUUUCCUUCCAUAUUUUAACAAAUCAAUUAGACCAUAGAAAUGACAUCAAAAUGUUCAUAACUCAAGUGAACCACGAGCCGCAGGCCUUUGAAAGUAGCAGGGGGUCAUAUUCUUAGUUGCGGGGGGCCUGUGCCUCACUGACACCCCCGAAUUAAUGCCAGUUAUUAAAACAGGUUUCAGAUCUAAACAUAGGUUUUCAAGAGAGCGAUUUUCGUAUGACCUUGAAAUGAAAACGCGCGGACAAAAAGGAAACAACAAACGAACGGAAAUAUAGCGAUUUGAUUGGUUUAUCGAACGGAUACAAACGCGCGUGGGUUUUGGUUGGUUAAGAGAACGCUCGGGUGAAAAAGUUUCAUGCCCGAGAACUUUCUAGAAAUCAACCGAUACUUCGCUUUGACGUCAUACUGCAACACGAUUGACCAAUCGAACAAUGCCUUCUCCGUAUUAGGAUUUUCUUUGGCGAGAAAACGAAGAGGCCAUGUUUUGAUCUUUUCAAAUACAUUUUAAAAGCGAAUACCAAGAAGAAGGCUUUUGCAUGCUUUUGACUAGGCAAUAACAUAAUGUGAACUGCUGAGAAUACAUAUCAAACGAUACAGCAGAAUUCAGUGCCAAACUACCAUUUUUUAAUACGGUGUUUAACGUAAAUUCCCCAACUUCGUCUCGUGUUCUACUCCAGCACCAAUAAACCACCAAUUUUUCUUUUUUGGCAAAAUACCGGUUGAAUUAGAAAGCCGCAGGUCAUCUUAGAGGGGAACGGGGGUGCGCGAACCCCUCCACCCUCCCCCUAAAUCCGCCCCUGAGGUGUACAUGUACACACUUCUUCAUCGUCAUUAUCAGCAUCCUUCUGCCUCAGCCGAGACUCCUCAAACUACUCCUUUUCACAUCGAUCUUUUUUGUAUCAGCCAUCACAAUAGAGACCUAAAGUGGAGGCCGAGGAGGGGAUUUAAGUUUGAUUUUUUCGCGUAUUCUUAAAAAAUCCAACCCCGGAAGGCUUCAUUGUACUUUUUUCACCAGAAAAGUUAGCACAGUUAUUUUUAUUGAAGAAGGUUUUAAAGUUCUCUCAUGAGCGUCUUGAUACUAACUUGUUUCCGUUCCCGCUAAAACUUGUAGUAGAAUCACGACGGCUAUCGCGUUUUCCCGCCAAAAUGAUGUUGGCUCACGCGCGAGCACUACUACAAAAUCUCGUCCUCGAAGUCGUCCUCUUCUUGGAUCUGUUAUUCAAGUUCCUAUCCACAGUCCCUCAUCAGGGAGCUCUAGCAUCUACGACGGCGAGGGAAGCGCAAACGUCACACAAAAAGAGAAUUCGCGAUGCUUCAAACCUCUCGGAAUUUAUUCCAUCUCGUUGUCCAAUAUUGGCGAAUUUUUCAGUAGUUGAAUUCUAAAUGACUGUAAGUAAGUUCAGAAAAAGAAAAAUUAAGGCUAUGUUCACACUAGUACAGAUAGUUUUUGCGCCGACUCGAAAACCAUAUCGGACAGGACUUCUGUUCGCACAUAAGGGCGGUGAUUCCAGCGCGAGUUCUGUAACGGAGCGAAGCUGCGCGGCGCCGCACUGAUCUGUGGAGGGUCACAUAUCCGAUAGGUAUUCACACUAGAGGAGCACACAAAAAGCUAUCGUUUCUCUUGUCCACGUCCUUCAUAAAAUAUGAAAUUUGGAAGUUUGGUGCAACAAUGGCAAAAAAGAUACAAAAAAGCGUGAUGCACUUGCAGAGUUGUUGUUUUGCUUAAUAAACCUAUUGCUUUUCGCCGUUCUCGUUGCCCCGGCCGUUGUUGUUGCUAAAGCUGCUUAAUAUGAUGCCAGGAAAGGUUUAAACUUUCUACGUCUCAAUGGACGCGGCUAAGUCUCUAAAAAAAGAUGAAUUUUCUCAGUAGUGAUGUAUUUUUUCAUUGGCCUUUAUUAGGAUUGAAGUGGUUAACCCCUCUACAACAGCCACUCCGGCCCUUAGGUGGCCCGUCUUUGCGAGACUCGGCUGUGCACUAGAAUGUUAGUAUGUAGUGAGGUGACAAGUCUUAAAGUAAUAAUCCUUGGAAAAUGAUUUUUUUCUUCCCAGUGGCAAAAGAAGGAGACAGGAAAGUUUUAUCAGGAAAUGUUGGAGACAAGACGAACUGUUGAGGAAAAGACCCAAGAGGCGUAAGUAUCUUAUCGUGCCAAUAAUUAACAAAAAACACUACUAGCACUGACGCGAAUUGCAUUUGAAAUUAGUUCAAUCCUAGAAGAGAUAAAAAUUGUCCCGAACGGGACAAAUUAUGUCUUAUGUCCGUAUUGCACUGUGAUUAAUGUACGUUUCCCGCGCAUUUUUGAAAAGCCUGGUUCCAGCGUACAUGUCUGUCAAUCGAGGUUUCCGUCGUUUGCCUGUUAGAAAACUUGGAGUCCGGAAAAGAAAGUAUUGUCUUAGAAAAAGUCCGGGAAAAGCCUCGAAUUUUCCGCCAUCCAAAACUCUGUUCGAACCAUGCUCUAGUUGUGGACACUAUUUCCGCUUCUCGAGGGUAUCAGCUCAAGAGAGCGUCAACUGUAAUUAUUUGAGAGAUUUAGAAUAACGUUUACGGCAAACGGUAAACGUCAGAUUUAAGUUGACAAUUUCUCAAAUUUGGAAAUGAGAAGGUAAAAACUGUCCAAAAUCCUUCUUACUAAUGAACCUCAGUGGCAUAAAACUUCUAAUAUUAGAGUGCUUGAGGUCUGAGGACGAGAACGAGUACGAGUACGAGAUUUAACUUAAGGUUUUUGCGCGUGUUCUAAAAAAAAAAAAAGACACCACGGAAAGCUUCAUUGUACGUUUUUCACCAAAAAGGUCAGUACGGUUAUUUAUACUGAAGGAAGUUAAGCCCUCUCCCGAUGGCAAAAUGAUAAAACUUCUUACACUGCAUUAGAUAACUUGUUCCUGCCACUACGAGUUCCUCGUUAAAACUCGUUGUAGUAUGUCGACGGCUAUCACGUUUUCCGGCCAAAAUGACGCUGGUUCACGCUUGAGCAAAGUCGUCCUCGUCAAAGAAUAUAAGAGUUUCUUUACUAAAAUCCAAAUCCGGAUUUUUAAUCCGAUCUCGGAUUUUAGUCAGGAAACGCAUCCUAAAGCUCUACAUUUAAGUAGAUAUAAAAAACAAUAAACGACAAGUAAAGGAGAAACUUGGUCACGUUGUACAAAUUUCCGUUUGCCGUUUGCCGUAAACGUGACUUGUGGUUCCUUCUUUUUUAGGACGCGAAUAAAGAAGCAGCGUGAUCAGGAACGACAGCGUGCGUUCGAUGAUCGUCACUGGAGCAAAAAAUCCUUGGAGGAAAUGGUGGAAAGAGAUUGGCGGAUCUUGCGAGAAGAUUUUGCCAUCUCUACAAAAGGCAAGAGAUUCUAGGACAGGCUGUUUUUUUUAGAACCUGUUAGGCUAAAAUUUGCUAGUUAGGGCCCCUCUAUACAAGACCCUGUUGUAAAAUUUGAAACAGGUUCUUCUUUAAUAAAGUCUUUUAAAAGAUUCUGUACACUUGGGCAAAUAAGGUAAGUCAACAUUCAGAAUCUCCUUUGGAGACAUGGGUGCCUUAUUACUCCAGUUAGUGGUUUUACCUAAGGAAUGAGCUGAUGAGCUUAAUACCACUAAAUACUCUUAGCUACAAUGUUUUUGUUUGUUUUUUCAGAAAAUAAGAACCAAUUUAAGAACCUAAAUAGCCUAAAUUUGCGUUAAUUACCAUAUAUGUAAGAACCUGUCCAGCUAGGUUUUUGCUGUUUUUUCUCCCUCCUCAUGGCAGGUGACAAGAUUCCAUUUCCUCUGCGCUCAUGGAGAGAAAGCACCCUUCCAACUUCAAUAUUAGAUAUUGUAGACAAACUGCAAUAUGAGGUAAGCCAGCCGUAUCGUUUCGGUACGAACUCAAGCAGUGAAAUUGCACAAGAAUUUCGAUCACUUCAAGUAUUUUUAUUUUGUAAAGUUUGCAAUUGAACAAGAAAAACAUUUUGGGUGAAUAAUCGAAACGACCGGUAACCCUUUAGCUCAGUCACUUAUCCCCCCCCCCCCCCCCCCAAACUACCCCACCCACAACGGCCGGCUUUUUUUUUUCCCCUUAAAUAAAAACACUUUUUUUCUCUCGAUUUUCCCAGUUUUUUAGGUUUGGGGGGGGGGGGCAGGGUUUUUUUUUUUUGCUCCUUGGUUCUGGGGGUGAGGCUGCAGGAGAUUAAAUAUUAAAAAAUUUGCAAGUCAGAUCAGUGUUUGUUUUUUUUAUUACUGAAAUAUUAAAUAUUUGUGAAAAACCCAAUAAGGUGGGAACCAACCGUUUAUUUUCUGGAGGAACACGAUAAGAUAAAAAGGAAAAAAAAUUUAUAUUCUUUUACUUUUUUUUUUUUUUAAAAAUUUAGAAAGAAAAAAAAAAAAAAUUUUGGUUAAAAAAUGGAACGCCCGGGAACCCUUUUGAUCAGACUCCUAAUCCCCCCCCCCCCCCCCUUAAAUGUCACAACCAGAAUGGCGCUGUUUUAAUUUUCACAUUCAAGUUAAAACGUUUCUUUACAUCGAUAUUCACAGUUUGUAAGGUUUGGAAGACGGAGGCAAUGUUAUUAUUCCUUGCUCACUUGGUAUGAGGGUUAGACUGUCAGAGUAUACAUUGAUAAAAAGUCUCGAAGCAUCAUCGGUUAUGCUUUUCUUAAUCUAUUCACUUAUUUAGCCACAGCAGGGCUACCUCAGUUGGUAGAUCAGCAAUGGUUGCAGACAAGAAAGUUGCAAGUUUGAUCUCCGUAGCUAGGCCAGCACUCAGUGUUGUAAAAUAACUGAAAAAAAAUGUUCUGCUCUUUGCAAACAGCUAAACCUUUGCGCGGCUUGGAUGACCACUUUGAAUACAAUUGACUUUGAAAUAAAGUCGAUUUAUUUAUUUCUUUUUUAUUUGUUUAUUUACUGGCCAGUUUUAUCUACUUAAAAGGGAAAGAAGUGAUGUUUUCUUAAGGGCAGAGUUUACGCUCAGAAUUAUAUGAUUUUCCCAUGUGAAAAAAUUCGUUUAACUCGUACAAAUGUUUCAUUUGUACAUAGCGAAAGUAAAACUUUAGAACAACUCGUACAUUAUCUAUCGUGUGUGUUCAUAGGAACCAACACGAAUUUAGCGCCAAGCCAUUCCUAUUGGACUUCAGAACAGGGACAUCAUAGGAGUAGCUGAAACAGGUGAAGUGAGAACUCAGUAGGGUAGACUAUUAGGAAAUUUUUAACUAUAGAAAUUGUAUUGCAAUAGGUCACACGGAUAUUGAGAAUAGGCGGAUAAGACUUUUUUUUUUUUCAAUAAAAAGGUAGUGGUAAAACAGCAGCAUUUCUGAUUCCUUUAUUGGUGUGGAUUAUGGGGCUGCCAAAGAUUGAACGUGACGCAGAUGCUGAUAAGGGACCUUAUGCUGUAAUCUUAGCUCCAACCAGGGAACUGGCGCAACAGGUUAGUUGGUCAAUUCGCCCUCAGGCGAGUUGGCAUAAGGGCCUCAUGUCAACUCACCAGGGAAAUGGCGCAACAGGUUAGUUGGUCAAUUCGCCCUCAGGCGAGUUGGCAUGAGGGCCUCAUAUCAUCUCACCAGGUAGCCUGUUCCAGUCGUUCAGAUUGUAGAGCGCGGCGGUAUGUGGGGAGCGAGUUAAGUAGUACACCGGGAAAACGGAGGUGGACAGUGAUGAGAAAUGCGAUAUGGAGGGAGAGAGACAUCUGUUAUCGAAUCACGCGUACAUCGAAGCUAAUAUAAACAAUGCAAUCGAGCAUUUCUUGUAUUAGGAAUCUUUUCGUGAAGAGCAGAAAAUUUGCUUGAAUCUCGUUCGCCGAGGCCAGGACGUUUUCGCGAUUCUUCCAACGGGCUCUGGGAGACCUUCAUUUUCCGAUUCUUUCCAAGAAUAAUAAACGUAAUCAAAGGAAAUGUUGGCGGAGUCAAUUUCCACGAUCGUCAUCGUUGCGCCUCUCGUAGCCAUAAUGAAACCAAGCUCAAGCGAUUUGGAAUAACAGCAACAACAGCCAUAGGUUGGGGACAGAAGGAAGGCAUGGACGAAGACACGGCAGUGUGAAAGGAAGGUCAGUGCGUGUGAGAUCAUUUAUGGAAGCCCAGAAAGGCAAAAAAAAUCUUAUUUGAAAGGUUAUUUAGCCGCAAUAAAAAGAUUAAUGCUUUAACAGAGGUCAAUUAAAGUCAGUACUUAACUGCAUCUGGAAUCAAAUUCUUUCAGAAACAAACCGCAGGAAAUAAUUGCCCAGUAUGCAUGACUGAUCGUCUAAAUCGUAGACUCAGAGGGACAGAAAUUAGAUUUCCUUAGUUAAAGGAAGGAAAACCUCUGAUGUGGUUUAUUGAAAGCUGACUCAAAGGUCACGUUUGACACUAUCACGAGCUUAUGAGUCGCGUCUAGCCUGUCAGCACUUUGUUUUUCAUGUCACAGUUACCCGGUCGGCGGUCAAUUAAGGGCGGAAAGAGCUCUGUAAGGGAAUGUUUACAGGCGUUCUCUCCCCCCUUCCCCCUCUAGUCUCCCCUCGUUUUUGUUUUCUUCGUGAAUUUUUCUCCCGCGCUCUACUAUCUGAACGCCUGGAACAGGCUACUCACCAGUGAACUGGCACAACAGGUUAGUCGGUCAAUUCACCUUCAGGCGAGUUGGCAAGAGGGCCUCAUGUCAACUCGCCCCAACCGUUUCGUCUAAACAGUUGAGGCUCGCGUGCAAAAAUUCACCCUUCCGUUGCUUUGUGCUUUGAGCAACGGUUAAUUUUUUAGGAAAAAAGCCGAGUUUUUGUGGUCUACAUUCAUGGUAUUAGUACAUACGUACAUACAUACUUUCUUGUUUCCUUCCCAAAGGGGCUUUUCGGGAACAAUCAUUAUUUACAAUCAUUACAUUUAAUUACAACACUUACAUUAUUACUGAUUACAGUGCUUAACUUGUUACUAAUUACAAUACCUAACUUAGCUAAGAAGCAUUUACAAAUUUAUCUAAAAGCUUGUUCGUUAAGACAGUAAUACACCUUCUCGUCAGCAGUAAACUAAACUAUUAGUUCGACUAACUCGCCAGGAAUCGUGUCGUAGGUUAAAAGAAAGUACCUUUAUUGUUAUAAGGGAUUACCGCGUUAAAUCAGAGCCAACGGUGCGCUUUUUUUUUCUAAUCUUGCCAGAUCGAAGAUGAAGCUGCCAAGUUUGGUCGUCCUCUUGGCGUCAGGACAGUGUCUGUGAUUGGUGGGGUAAGAAAUCUACGCAUAAGUCUGACGAUGUCGUUAUCAAUGGUGUCGUAGCUACCCUGGGUGCAAUGUUGGAACAAUUCGAAACAAUGUUGCAACGCUUUGUUGUACUAAAAUCGUCCCGUGAACAUCACCUUAAAUCAUGUUCGCGCACCGAAUCCGCCUUAACGAGGUACAACGUGAUUUAUCCUACAUAUUCUUAAAGCGGGCAUCUUCGGCCAGGGUAUGUCGUAGCUCGUGCCGAAGGAGUUUCCGUCCCGGUGGCGAGAAGAAUGGAAAGGGACCGAGGUUUUCAACCGUGCGUUUAUUCCUUCUCCAACUUCCCUCUGAGCUUAGAAUUCCUUCCCUAUAAUUCGUAGAGACGGCUGUUGCUCGGUUUCCGAAAUAAAGUGAUUCCCUGAGAAAUGCGUGAAACGGAAUUUCGUGGUUGCUGAGCCCGGAGGUAGUCGCUUAACAGAGAGUCUAAAUACAGCGUUUGUGUCAAAUGGGAUUUUGGAAUUGAUAAGGGAGAUAAGCAGUCAGCCAUAAAAUAAAUAAAAUUAAUAAAAAGACAGUUAACACGUACCUUUUAUACAUUUUAUCUCCAGCUUUCUCGCGAGGACCAAGGAUUUCAGCUCAGGCUUGGUUGUGAGGUAAGCUAAUCUCUAGUUCCCUUUUCGUGCGCUACAACUAGCCUCGUGGCCAGAGCGAGAGAGGAAGGAGGAAGUUCCCUCGUCCCUCGCACGCUCCUCGCGGUAUCGUUCGCCCGAAUUCCCCCUCUCCCUCUUCAUUCCUCCCCCCCCCCCCCCCCCACCCCCCCCCCCCCCCCUCACCCACCCCCCCAAACCCCCCCCCCACAACCAGAACCGAGAAAAAAUCACUCAACACCUAAUGAAUUACAAAGGAACCGGGAGCAAAAGCACACCCGCCACGGACGUCAGGAUGACCUUUUUUACAUUUUAUUUCCCGCGCUCGCGGCAGGGCGAGGGAUGUCCGCUCACGCUUGGUGUUGAGGUAUGCUAAACUCUCUUUCCCUUUUCGGGCGCUACAACUCGCCCCCGGGCCAGGGCGAGAGAGGGAGGGGGAAGUUCCCCCUGCCCCCGCCCGCUCCCCGCGGGGUCGUUCGCCCGAAUUCCCCCCCCCCCCCUACAUUCCCCCCCCCCCCCCCUUACCCGAUCGAGCACCUGCCUCGUAAGCUACACCACAACGCAUCCUCCAGACAAUGAGAACGAAGAAAAAUUCAUUCACCACUUAAGAAAUGGAAAGGGACCUGGAGCCGAAACGCGUCCCGCAAGUGGUUUUGGGAUCGUUACUGGGAACGCGCCGGUAAGCUAUUGGCCUUGUUUUUUCCGUGACCCUAGUAACAGUCCCAUAACUCUUUGCGAAAGUUAACUCGGCCCAGAUUCUCUCUCCUUUUUAAAGUGGCGAGUUGUAGAGAAGUGUUUGUUGCCUUUUAUAUUAACAUGUAUCGCUGAGUACUUACGCCGUUAUUUUUUUCCAGAUUGUCAUUGCUACACCUGGUCGUCUGAUUGAUGUACUCGGUAAAUAUUUUCUCUUUAUUUCUCAUAUCUACUGUUGCAGUGUUGGCAUCCUACGGUAUCGCAAGAAGAUUCGAAAACUACAAUCAUUGGCUGUUUACCGUUUUUUCGAAGUAACACUGUAAUGCAAAAAAGUCCGCCAUCCUCUUCUUUUUAUGUUUGAGUCUACUUUUAUCCUAACUGUCCUAAGUCAAGUAUAGUUGUCUUGUGGUAGUGUACUAAGUUUUUAGAGACCUUUAGAUUCUAGAACGAGAACGACUACGAGUACGAGAUUUGACUUAUAGUUUUCUCGCGUAUUCUCAAAUUUUAGACACCCCGGAAAGCUUCAUUGCACUUCUUUUUCACUAAAAAAUUAGCACCGGUGUCUUUACUGAAGGAGCACAAGCCAUCUCCCUGCCGCAAAAUGAUAAAACCUCUAACGCUUUAAAACUUGUUUCCGUUACCACGACAUUCUCUCGAAAACUCAUAGUAGAAUGACAACGGCUAUCACGUUUUCCCGCCAAAACGACGCUGCUUCACGCGUGAGCAAUACUCAGUACUGAGAAAAUCUCGUACUUGUAGUCGUACUUUUCUCUGAAUCUAAAGGUCGCUUUUAUUUAGGUUAACCAAGGUAGGAAAUUUUCUUUCAUCAACGGCCUCUGCUCCUGGAAUCGAUGGAGGUUUCAGUCCAGGACCCCAGUCCUAACUCCAUUAGUUCUCUGCCUACUGUUCCUCUCCCUGUCUUUCAUAACCUGAGAAAACAGCCGACAUUUUGUCGACGCAACCACUGGUUUUCUCGCCAAGUGACGUCAGAGAAAUGAGCGCAGAAAUUCCAUACUGAUGACGCGUCACUACCCAGAUCUAGGUAGUGCUUCUGAUUGGUUGAAUCAAAUUUCCCACGCGGCACGACCAAUCAGAAGCUACCCAAAUCUGGGUAGUGACGCGUCGUCAGUAUGGAAUUUUUGCGCUGGUUUAUCGGACGUCAUUUUGCGGGGAAACCAGUGGUAGCGUCGCCAAAUGUCGGCUGCUUUCUCAGGCUAUGUCGUCCAGGGUUUCUGCAUUUGUCGUGCCUUCUGGUGCCCAUUUGAUGUCGUUGCCGGAAUUGGAAUUGGGGAGAGUUAAACUAAGUUAUUCAAACUUCAAUGCGAAAAUGAAUCUAACGGUGUCUUCUCUUAGAGAUGGUGAAUGUGAAUCUGUGGAGUCGCAAUUUCGUUGUUCAUAAGAUUUGAGCGAGUAAUUGAUUGAAGCUUUUUGUUCUUCUUUCUUCUACAGAAAAUCGAUACCUUGUACUCAGUCGCUGUUCAUACAUUGUUCUUGAUGAGGUUAGUAGUUUUAAUUUAGAUGUUAAUUUGUUUUUUUUUUUGUUUUUUUUUUGCGAAAUUUUGAAUCAGACAAAGUAUAAGCUGAUUUACAAAGGAAAAUUCGAUAGAAAGCCCUACUCUGUACUCAAUCAUUCGUCUUCAGAAAAUCUAAGCAAAUGUCUGUGGUACUAUUGUAGGCUGAUCGUAUGAUUGACAUGGGCUUCGAACCUGAUGUUCAGAAGAUCUUGGAGCAUCUUCCAGUGAGCAACGUCAAACCUGAUUCUGAAGAUGCCGAGGAUCCAGAAAAGCUGUUAGCUUAUAUGGGAAAGGACAAGUUUAGACAGGUUCGUAUAAAUAAAUAAAUAAAUUAAUUAAUUAAACCGCAGGCUCAAUGUUUCAGAGUUUUUAGACGGGGGGGCGGGGGGGGGCUUGUUAGAAGUAGGCGGGGCUUAACAUGAAGUUGCCUUUAAUAUAAUAGUGAACUUACGCAACAGGACAGGAGAGGAAAGAAGACGGCAAACCUUGUGUGACAAGCGUGACAAUAAUUUUGUUUGAAAAAACAGACCAGAAAGCAUUAAUGAUAAGGGAAGACCACGACAACACUCCCAAGUAAUAGCCCUGUCACGUUUGUCACGCACAAGCGUUUUGCCGUCCUCUUCUUCCUGCCGUCCCGUUGCGUAAACUCACUAAUAUCUGUUUGUAGCCUUCGUAUUUCGUUUGCUUCAACAACGAAAAUAGGAGACGUCUCGUCGAAGACAUGAAGUUGAGACUCUAGUCAGUGGACACUACUAGAAUGUAGUGUAACCAGCAGUUGAACUUUUGAACAAUAUUACUAAAGACCUGUAAACUGAGAUUCGUAUCAUUGGCUUUUCUGUUUCACCUUGUUUAGACUGUUAUGUUCACGGCGACAAUGCCUCCACAAGUAGAACGCUUGGCCAGAAACUAUCUAAGGUCAGUUAUCGGUUUGACUAUUUACUGAAACUGUGUUUUGUAAAUAGAUGUGCUUUAUUGACGAUCUAUCCGCAUACAAAGCCGCUCUCAUUAACUAUAAAUAACUAAAUAAUAAAUAAUUCCGGUAUAUACCCCCGGUAGAUUUCGAGCAGUCUCUCUUUAUUCUUGGUCCGUCGAGCAAAACGCGCGUGACUGAAGGCGCGAGACGGGAGAGGCCCGAAAAAAGAGAGACUCUCUUUUGUCUUCUCGGGCUGCCGCCCUCGUUUCUUGCGUCUUGCUCGACGCUCGCGCGCGUGCAUUUCCCUCUCCACAUCUGAAGAAUAAGAGAGACUGCUCGCAUUCUAACCCCCCAGCAGUAUUUACCGCGCCAAGGCUAGUGAGACCGAGCAAACGACUGAAAGAAAUAGGUCAAAUAGACCAUUUCCGUACUCGAAAAUCCCUCACUUUAAAAAAGCGAGGCCGUGUGCAUGACCCCAUUUGUGAAAAUGAAUUUAAUUUGCUUGAGAAUUAAAAAAUCGUUUUCAUAUCAGAGACUUUGCACACUUAGCUUCGUUUUAAAACAGGGGCUUGGGACAACUUGGAAUUUGCCCAUACACGUAACUGUAACAAGACUAACAAUACCAACUGCGUAGAGGCAAAUCAGUUGGAUAUUUACAACCUUGGUUGAGGAUUUGAACAAAUCCAGCAAGCGAUUAGGGCGGGUAUUGAACCCAGGGUCUUCGGAUAGCAAGUCCAACGCCUUAACCGCUCUGCCACGCUGCCUCCUACCCUUGAAUCCCCAAUAUCAGCACCUAUAUUCCAGUUCUCAUCAUAUUUAUCAUCACCUGUACGUUUAAGCAGUGAUACGUUAGGGAGCAAUUAGAUGUUGAUCUACACCAUAAAACGAGGAGCAUUGACGAAUGAUUCUUUGUUAAAAAGCAAUCUCAAGUGACUGGGAACCUAACAUUGUGAUGGUUUGUUUUUCCUUCAGGCGCCCAGCUGUGGUUUACAUCGGUUCUAUAGGUAACUAUUGUUAAGAUCAAGUCUGUUUUAACCUUCCUUCAACGGGAUAUACAGUGUAACAGGGAUCUUUCUAUUUCUUUUUUUUCCCUUUGCUGGAUUAUUACGGUCACACAUCGGUCAUUGACGCUGCAUGUCCAACCAAUUUUACACCAUACUGAAUUAUGCCAGGGAUGAUUUCCUGAAAAAUAGCUUACCACGUUAUGAUCUCAACUGCAGUUGUCAGGUUCAACUUGCGAGCCUGGUUCCUCAAAAGAUAUCAGCUAAGUUUAACCCAGGGUAAAACCUAAUUUUAAGCAAAGUUUUCUUGUCUAGAAAAACAUAAUUGGAGGUUUUGAAAUGUUGUCCAGGUUAUUAAUGCAGGCAGCUCUUCUAUUUGUGUUUCUGUAUUAAAGUAAUUGAAUUUUCUCUCAUCACUUCACAGGCAGACCAGUCGAGAGAGUGGAACAGAAAGUUUAUUUGGUUAAAGAACAAGCGAAGAGGUACGCCUACGUGUAUCAUCCUUUGUAUGUUUAUUAAACUGUAGCAACGUAUGUAAAUUUAUUAACGCGAGAUUAAUUGCGGUGUACUGUAGUUUUUUUAUCGUAAAACUCUGCUCUUCUUUUAUGUUUGUCUAUCCUGGCACUUCAUAUCUUAUCUCCAAGCUACCAAUAACGUUUUGCUGUGUAUCUUUUUGUCUAAUUCAGAUGAAUAUUAACUCAGACUGGCAUUUUGGUGCUAUAGGUAGAAAAGCGACUUUUGAUUAGUAUUGUGAGAAAACUGUCAUAUAGUUGUUGUUAUAUAGCUGGAAAUUUCUUCCCAAUAGCGCGCGCUCUCACUGGUUACUUCGAGGUAACAUUACAUCUAACAGUUAAACUGUUUCCCGCCAAAAUCUCUUAGCAGGCAACAUUGCGAAAUCUAUGACGUCAGAGGGUAACAGUGCACUGUUACGUACGAUCGUUGACCGUUACAGCGAGGUUUAAGGAAUUUCCAUCUAUUUAACAAAUCACUUCGGGAAACAGUUAAUUUUGUUUCCGUUGAAUUUCAAUGUCUCCCUCGGCUUAUUAGGAAAUAAUAUUAGCUGUUUCGCUCGGGACCAGUCAUUUUAAAAGUGUUUGUUGUUGUUUCCUUGACAGGAAGAAGUUGUUAGAGAUAUUGAACGCAGGCAUUGAUCCUCCGAUCAUGAUAUUUGUCAAUCAAAAGAAGGUGAGAGUUGCGUGUCACCGCAGCGGGUAGUUGAGAUGGCGUGCACAAAAAAACCCACGGAAAUUGAGCGGAAAUCGGUGAGAGCGAGGGCGGAGCUCUUAUGCACUGACUCCCUCCUUGGGAUAGUUUGAACGAGAUGGGCACGCGAGGAAGGAGGGAAGCCAUCGCGCGAAUUUUAUGUACUCGCGUGCCUUACAUCCCCUUUUCCAGUCUUCAAUGCUGGCUAGUCUUCGUUCGCACCUUUACUUUUGUUCGUUGUUUCUAUCUGAGAUCUUGCGACAGGCUGUCAGGGACCUUUAGGCUAUGAUCGCACUAUACCGGAUAGAUUUUGCGCAGACACAAAAACCAUACCAGACACUAGGGCUUCUGUUCACACAUAAGAACGAUGGUUUCGGAGCGGUUUCUGUAACGGAGCGAAGCUGCGCCACGCCGAUCUCGUAAGUGGAGAGUCACAUAUCGGAUAAGUUUUCGUACUGUACCGGAUACCUUCUCGCUUCGGCACGAAAAGCUGUCCGUUAUAGUAUGAACACAGCCUGAGAUUCGAUUACGAGUAGGAUAUUGAGUGGGAGCUUUUAAUUGAGCGGAGAUCGGUGAGAGCGAGGACGAAGCUCUCAUGCACUGACCCCCUCCUUGUCUUCGUUUAGCCCGCGUGGAAGGCGUUUGAAGGGGAUAGGGUAAACGAAAUGGGCACGCGAGGAAGGAGGGAAGCCCUCGCGCGCCUUUUAUGGACUUGCGUGCCUUGCUCUCCCUUUUCCCGUCUUCAAUGCUGGCUAGUCUUCGUUCGCCCCUUUAGUUUUCUCCGCUGUUUCUAUCUGAGAUCUUGCGACAGGCUGUCAGGGACCUUUAGGCUAUGAUCGCACUAUACCAGACAGAGUUUGCGCCGGCACAAAAACCAUACCAGACACUAGGGCUUCUGUUCACACAUAAGAACGAUGGUUUCGGCGCGGUUUCUGUAACGGAGCGAAGUUGCGCCGCGCCGAUCUCGUAAGUGGAGAGUCACAUAUCGGAUAAGUUUAGUACUGUACCGGAUACCUUCUCGCUUCGGCACGAAAAGCUGUCCGUUAUAGUAUGAACACAGCCUGAGAUUCGAUUACGAGUAGGAUAUUGAGUGGGAGCUUUCAAACCUAGUUCAUGAGCUCCAGAUAAACACUUUUCACAACAAUCUCUUACGUCUCUCUAAGUUUUGUUAGCAGCAGGAAAGAGUGAGAGCCCUGAGAACAUAAAUGGCUUGAAGUGAAUUCCAAUGUCAUACUCCUAGUCGAUGAUCUCGCACUCCAAAUCAAAUCUUAAGGUUACUUAACAAUUAUUCCUCGAGCCCGAAUGGGCUAUUGACUCAGAGGCCAUGAGGGCGAGAGGAAUAGUUGUUUUAGUAAAAUCCAACUAGUUGGUCCAAAAUAUGGAGAAUAAAAAAAUUUUAGCUAGUUAAAGCUAGACUUUAAUCUUUUUUUGCCGCCAAAAAGCGCGCGCUUUUCGCCACUAGUAGGCUUUAAGUAGUAGUAGCUCAACCAAUCAGAACGCAGCAUUGAUAAUAGACCACUAGUUGGAUUUUACUAAUAAUUGUUACUUAUGAGACAACAUAUCUGCAAUAAAGUUUUGCUGAUUAACUCUUUUUCCGUCUGUUUUAGGGAGCGGACGUGCUCGCCAAGUCCCUGGAAAAAAUGGGCGUAAGUUAUCGUUUGUGUCUUUGGGCGUCGGUGAUUUUAUAUCUUUCCUCUUCG